GCAAGAGGUGGAUAAACUUAAUAAUUAGCAAAAUUCAAAAGCAAAUUGGUGAACCUUUGUUUGUUUGUUAGAGCAUCCAUUCCAUAAAUAGGGAAUUCGUGCAAAUUUCAAUAACUCAAGUUAUCUACUAUCUUCUCUUCAAGUAACUAAAAGGUAGAGAUCGAGUAAGUACUGCAAUUAACUACUCCGUAGGUAAGAAUGGCUUCAAGUCAGGCUGUGGCGAGGAAGGAGGAAGCAGCACUGAAUGAGCUAAUGAAGCAAGCCAAAGAAGGGAAACCACAAGAUGAGAUGAUAUUUGGAGGUUGGUUAUACAACAAUAACACCAGCAAGAAACCUAUGAAGCUUCAUACUGACAAGAUAUGGUCUGGGGAUUUCCAUACUAAGUAUCCGGCUGUUCUCGAAGAAUCAGCCAGUUUCGUACAAACUGAGAAAAGGGAGAAUGGCAUCAAGACUGCUGUGGUGUAUUCUCUCAGUACUGGUGAAGAUAUUUUGAAUCAAUAUGGUUUUCUCUUGGCCUGGUCUGACUCUUACACUGAAGGAAAACACAUUAGAAAGACCUAUGGAUACUGUGGCCUUAUGGAGAAGUUUCGUCACAUUGAUUGGGAAAAGGUUGAAAAGGAACUCGACGAAGCCUCCUCGUCUUUCACGUACUAUGACGCUCUUUCUCGAACUUCAAUGAAGGCUGCGAUUCACGCAAAUAUGAUUUAUGCAGAUUUCAUGUGAAUGCAAUAUGUAUAACAUGGUCCACCCUAUGCCAGAUACUUACACCAUAAUAUUGUGUGGACGCAUGACUAUUUACUACUAAGAACGUUAUUACUUUUUAGAGGCAGCACAAUGUUAUUAUGUAACAUUGUAUGCAUACCACAUAGUUGGUUUAAUAUACGAAUAAAACUGCCUCGAUCGUUA